CGCACUCGAAUGGUGUAAUGGAUGGAGGACAACGUGACAAAGGGAAGAAGCCGGUCUUCACGAUUGAACGAGGACAUACACCCGGCCACCAAGGAUGGCCAUCAGGCAUGCGACCUCUUUCCGACAUUCGAGAACUCACUGAGCCAAGUUUGAUCGAUGCUCUGGAGAGGAGGCCGACGGCAAGUGUUCAUCGUCAACCUAGCAGUAGCAUCAGCCGGCAAAGUUCGCUCAGGAGAGGCCCUUCACUGAAGCGUGCUGGCUCGGUCAGGAUCAUCGAACCAGUUGGAAGCUCAAGCUCUAGCUAUAAAGAUGAUAUGGUUGCAUCCGAGUCGACUAUCGACACGCCGGAAAGCCUGCGCGACGGCUCUAGUCUAUACAGCAUACCCAUCUCAAGCAUACCUGCUCGCCAGUCCUCAAGCACUCGCGACCGUCAAAGACAUCACCGAACUACCACCUCGAGGUCGUCUCCUACACCUGUUCAACGAAGUGCCAAUCGAACCAUCCCAUAUCGCGGGCCAACGCAUUCUCCUGUCAAGCAGGUUAGAGCCCGCUUGGAUGCUGUUGGAUCUGAUACAUCAAGACGAACACCAUCCGGUACUUUCAUCCGAAAUCCUGUCCCUCGAGAUAUCCUCGAGUUUCCCACCCAUCGCCAUCCACGCAUCGGCGUUGAUCUACAAAUAGCAGCCCCUCUGUUUGUCGGUGGAGGAACUGUCGAGGGUUUUGUGAGAGUCAUUGUUGACGAAGCAGAUAAGUCACGCAUCAAGAAGAGUCUGACCCUCGGACGAAUAGCGGUAGACCUCGUUGGGACCGAAGAGACAUCGAGCAAUCGCAAGGCAAUUNUUUUGUCGUUGGGGACAGAGCUGAUUGACUCGACCCAUCCGCCACCUCGCAACAUGAUAGAACCGCAAGAUUUUCCGGACGCCGAUUGUUUCUGGUCUCUGAUACCUUCUUUUACCAGUCUGCCGUUUGUCAUCAGCCUACCGCUGGAUACAGGGCCGCCGCCAUUCCACUCAAAGCAUGCCCGUAUUCGGUUUGUCCUUUGUGCUACCAUCUUGAUAAAAGACGGAGGCCGGCAGUACUUGUUACGGUGCUCUGAGGAUAUAGCUGUGUUGCCUACAUAUGACNCAUCAUUGCCGAGUCCACUAACCGCGUCUGACGAGCAAUCAUUCUCACGAUCUGGACUUCUCGAGACAGCCAAGAUGACUGCGGGUCUACAUCGACAAGUAUGGGUGAGUGGUAGCAGCAUCUUUGUUGAUAUCCACAUUGCCAAUGGUAGUCGCAAGACUAUCAAANAGCUUGACCUGAGUUUAGAAAGAGACAUAUUGUGCUACAGACAUGUAGGUUGUGUCCACCCCACCAAUUUAUCACUCGUGACUAACCCUCGAAAAGNNGCGGCGGCAGCUACCUUGGAGCAGUCUGCCAGUCAAGCAAGAAUAUUCGAAAGCAAUGAGCGAUCGAUAUUAAGCAAACAUAGCAUGAAGCAAGGUGCCAAUGGUUGGACCGGUGUUGAAGCAUAUGGAUCCAUCACAAGAACAUGCGACCUUGAGAUUCCACGAGGGCACGCCUCCGUCAAAUGUGGCAACUUCUUCGAGGUACGGUAUUUCCUCAACGUUACUGUUGGAGGGUCUCGCACGAAGAUACUCUCUGUUCAGUUACCCAUCAUCGUCAUACACAUGAAUUCCUUAGAUGUCCUACCAAACUCUGUGGCCCAGUUUGCUGCAGCAAUUGAAGAGAAGCGCACACAUCAUCGCAAUCACAAGCGUAUCACGUCUCAAGCCUCUGUCCAGGUUGCUCAGUCUUCAGCUUCGCCAGGGCGAGUGGCUACUACUGCUCCAACGCGUCCAUCCCGAUUGCAAGGUCGCGCCUUCGCAGCACCGAGGCAACAAUCUCUUGAGCGCAUGCGUGCCUCAGCAGCAGAUCUCCAACAACUCGAAGAAGUCCUGGAAUCUUCGCCACGGAAACACCACAUCUCGAAGCGGUCCGGUGAAAUCAGGCAACCUCGGCGCAGCAAAUCGGUUGGAAAGGAGAAUACAAGACCAGGUAAUACAAGGAUCGUGUCACGGCCAGCACGAGAGGUUCAUAAACAACCAAGCAAUCUGGCCACGGGCGGCAUCAGCGUUGGAAGCUACACCAUAUUCAACCGCAACAACUACGAUAGCAACAGUGCCAGUUCUGACACCGGAAAUGGCAUUAUGGAAUAUAUCACGCCUCCAUCAAAGCGCAGGGAGAAGUUCUUUUCGUCGCCAGUCAAACUCGAAAGCAAGGGUAUAGGUUCAGCUCUCAAACACGCUCGCAGCAUCGAUAGCUUUCGCAGCCAUAAAUCCGCUACGGAUCGAUGGCGAGAUCACUUUGGCAAGGAANAGGACGGUCCACCAAACCGCGCUCCUCCUACUCCUCCACCAUUGAGUUCGCCCACAGCAAGUAAGCCCAGAGUACAGCAACAGCAUUCAUCCAUGCCGUUCAUGCUAGGGUCGACGAAUGGACCGCCCCCAAGACCACUCCGGGACUCAUUUGACCAGGAACUGCAUGAGCAGCGUGAUGAGCACAUGAGAUUGCCUGAUAAAAGUAGGUUCGAGUUCAAAGCGGUCACCAAGAAAAGCAGUACGUUUGGAUUGAAGAAUUGGCUCGGUGAGAGGCUCGGUCGCUCGGGUCGG